AUGGAGAAACACUCCAUGCGUCACCUCCUGUGGGCUGCACUGCUCCUGUUGUACUGCAGCUGCGGGUGUUUGGCUGCUGUUGUACAGCAGUUACCACAGAAAGGAGAAAGUGCUCUACAGGCAUACACUGUCUCUGCUGUUGCACUUGCUGCUACCCCUGAUAAGAAAGAAGGUGACUGGCAACCCAUCCGCAUUGGCGUCUAUACAAAAUUUGUGGAAGAUAUGGUGAAGUUUUGCACGACAAGAAACCCUGAAGUGCUGAAUGAGUACGUUACGGCUGGGGAAGAAUUUGAACAAAGUUUGGAAGAUGAAGAAGAUGAGUCUGAAGAGCUUGAUCACCUUGAACAACUUAAACAGCGAUGCCAGAGUGAUGAAAAGAUGACGGAGGAAAAGAAAAAAGUUCUUUUUACGGAGGUCUUGCCCAAAGCCAUCAAGUUGCACACAGAUCGUCUUAAGGUGGAAAUGAAACGGAGUAGCACAAGUGAAACUGAGAUAAAUAUUCUAAUUGGCUGCGAACUCUUUAAGGUUCCCUUGGAGGGUAAAGUUCAUGAAACUCUUGGUGUCGAUUUUAUGAUUUACGUGGGUCUCUCAACUGAAUACAAGAAAAUUAAGAUUUGCACUAAGGAUAAAGAAAACCGACCAACGUCUGCCGUAAUCAAAUUCGUCCCAGAGGAGAUAAAAGCAACACGACAGUAUAUUCGUUUGACUGCACACGAGAUUGCACAUGCUCUUGGAUUUCAUCAUGAUCUUAUGCAAACACUGGGAAUGAUAGAGACCCUCGACAUCGAUCCAUCACCGAAGCAAAAACAAAUGGAUGGAAGAAAGUUCCAUAAGGUUGUCUCCCCCCAAACUCUCGCAAAGCUGAACGAACAUUACGGUUGUGAAAAAGGUAAUGAAUUGAAGGGUUUGUAUUUGGAAAAUCAAGGAAUAGAAAAGAAUUCUUCUCACUGGGAGAGGUAUAUUGCGAAGGAUGAGUUGAUGAGUACGUACAUUGGUGAACCUUCUGGCAUGUACUACACUGCACUGACACUUGCAGUAUUUCAUGCUAUGCCAUUUUACAGCGCAGAUUUCGACAAUGCAGAAACGAUGAGUUGGGGAAAUCAAUCUAUAUGUGAGUUGCUUGAAGGUAAAAAAAAAGUUCCAACAAAGACUGACUACCCCAAUAUGUUCUGCGAGGAAGAUGCGGAGAAUGUGAUCCUACAGUGCACCUCUGACCGUUUUGCACUUGGUAUUUGCUCGAAGACCGAGCGUAAUAAAUUACCUGAGGGAUACGAAUAUGUUAAGGACGAAAAUACAAACAGUGAAGCGAAUGACUUGAUGAAUGGUUACAAAUUCAUCAGAUCCUUGGAGGGCACUGGCUGUGAGGAUGGUAAAGAGGAUCUUUUGCCUGGCAGCGUUCUGGGACAAGAUUCACGGUGUCUGAAUUUGGAAAACCCGCUGGAGUUCAAGAAGGGAGAUAAUGGAAAUGGAGUGAUGUUUCAAGGCAUUUGUGCAAAAGUGAAAUGUAAUAAUAAAACAAGGAACGUGAGUGUACAGCUCAAAGGGUACGAGGAUGAAGAGAAGAAUUGGCGUCAGUGCAGCGAUGAAAGCGCUACUAUUAAGCUGGAGGAUUCAGAGUUCAUUGGUGGAACUAUUCGGUGUCCCAAAUACGAAGAAGUGUGCACUGGGUUGCUGGGGGCCGAACUUCCUACCAACAUUAGGUUUUUCAGUGGCAAAAGUAUUACUCAUGUGUACGACGUUGAUGUGAACGGCAAGAAAGAAGAAAAACAGGAAAAGAAACAAAUCGAUGCCCCCAAUAAGGUUGUUUCUACGAGUUCUCUUGGUAAUGAAGAACAAAAAUCACACGUGAAACCCACUGCCCGGCCCGUAAAACAGCAACACCAGGAAACCGAGCAAGAAGAUCAAAAAGUACAGCAACGGGUUGAAUCCCAAAUCCCUUCCUCGGAGAUCUUGAGGAGUGAAAAUGAUAACGGCAGCAACCAGCAGAAAGUUACGGGGCCAUUGCGAGGGAGUGAUUCCAUUGUUGGUGGUCUCGCGGUUCAGUCCGUCCAGAACUCACCAUCUCCUUCUGUUUCCCCUGCGGCUGCCCCUGCCCAUGCUACUGCCUCUUCAAAGGCCCCUGCACAUGGAAUAUCUCAACAGAUUGCAGAUCCACCAGCAGAAAACAACGAUAAACAAAAUGAAGACCAUACAACAUCCAAAGUUCAAGACCACCAGCAAGCAUCAAACCAAACACAAAAUGAAGUUCAAUCACCAACCGAAGCAAACGCACAAACGGAUGAUUCCACCGACGUCCAAAAUAAUACUCACGGAGAAGAGUCUGCUUCAUCCACAUCUAAUCCCAACAGCGAUGACAACACAGUGCAGUCCACCAACACUGUUAAUGGUGCAGAUGACCGCUCCUCUGGUACAGUAAACAGCGAUGCUUUGAAUGGUACAAAGUUAACUGAGGACAAAAUGAGAGAAACACUAAAUCAUACAAAUGUAAUGGGUGUGAUGGGUACUGACAGCAGCAUCAUGUUCACUUCCUACAUGGCCCCUCUUGCACUUCUUGUGUGUGUUGUUGGUUUUGUGAUGGUUCCAUGA